AUGCUUAAACUACGGCAUCCGUCAAUUACCGAAGAAACCGGAACUCCUUCAAACUCCUCGAGAAGAAGUCAUAUAAUCGAUUCCUUAAUCGAGGAAUCUUACAGGAUUUCCAAGUAUCCUCAGGAUGCUCUCAGGUGGAUACCAUUCGAAAAUUUCGGAAAAAUCGAGUGCUUCGCUCAGGGCGAAUUUGCGGAGAUCGCUUUAGCAUUUCAUCAAAAGAAUGAACGACAUCCAACCACUGACUGUGAAAAAGAAAUUCCUGACCAUAUUGCGCUGAGAUUUAUCAAGAAAUCUAGGGUGAUUGAUGAGAAGUUGAUUAACGAGAUAAGGACCCAUCACAAAUGUAUGGUCCACUCUCGAAACGUAAUCCCUUUAUACGGUCUAACUCAAGAUCCGCGAACACUCGACCACGCGUUGGUACUUAAACAUGCCAGGCACGAUCUAAAUGCAAUCGAAGGAGUGCUUCCAUACAUUGCUCCAGAAAUACUUUUGGGCAGCAAGUAUUCGCCAAAGACCGAUAUCUAUAGCUUUAGCAUGAUAAUGUGGGAGCUUGUAUCUGGUCAAUCGCCUUAUUAUGAGUAUCAAGUUCACGACAUCAGGCUUGCGCUAGAUAUUAUUAAAGGAGUAAGACCUAGGAUUCCGGAUGGAACUCCCGAAGACUUCCGAGAUUUGAUUAAUGCAUGCUGGAGUGGUAAUCCUGCCGAUAGACCAGAUUCUGUGCAAUUGCUGAUGAUAUUUGAGAAUAUGUUACGAAUGUGUGACGACUGCGAAAACGAAAACUUUUAUUUUGAAGGUGUGACUAGAAAAAUGAAAGAAGGAGGGUUGGAAGGAGAAGAUUAUAACGCAAAUCAAGAGGACUCGAUUCCAAAGUGUGACGCGCUAGACGAUGAGGACCCAACAAUCCAAAUUGAUGACAUUAAUAUGAAUAAUCAUCGAGAGUCAAUUCAUGAAAAAAACAUCAGUAUCGUAAAUAGAUCAUAUAAACAGGCUGUCGACGGUACUAGGGAUCCGGCGACAGAAGGAAAUAGUAUAUUUAUGCUGAAGUCUGUUACAAGCCCGAAAAUCGCGGAGAUAGUGAAAAGCGAUGUCAAUAGUAUUGAUAAUGGAUUGAUCUCAUAUCAAGUGGAUGCGCCUGUUGAUGAUGAAAAAAAGACGAAUCCUCAACGGCAUGUUGCAGAUGUGAAAGGAUACGUUCCUGAAGAUGUGUCUAUGAACGCGACGGACUCUCAAGAGGCUUCAUCAUUGUCUGAUGGGACAGACAUGUCACAAUCAGAUUCCUGCUCGGAAGUUGACUCCGAAGAACAAAAAAUGCCACAAGAACCUAUAUCUGUUCAAGUGCCUCAAUCGUUCGAUCUACCAUUGAAGUCAGAAGCUCCGUCACUGUCCCAUGGGAACACGAUAGACAUGUCGCAAGCUAAUUCUGUCUCAGAUUCCGAUUUCGAAGUACAAAAAGUGCCACAAGAACCCACAUCGGUUCCACUAUCGCAUGCCUCCGACCUACUGUCGAAAUCGGAGCUUCCAAUAACAGAUAAUCAUGACUCCAUCAGUGACGAAGAAUCGGAUGCCGGUGACCCGAUGUUGGAUAAGAUGGUUAGCAUAAUGAACUCGUUGAUCACCGAAGCCACCGUGUCAGUAGAGACGCCCGUUCGAGGACGUGAGAAAAAUUCAUUCAAACAAUUCGACUUAAACAAACUGGGUGAUUUCGAUUUUUCGGAUAUCAAUGAUGCACUUGAUGAAAAUCAAGAAUUAUUUGAGUAUAGCAUGUCGGAGUUCAAUAGAAGCAUGACGGAGCUUACCAAUUUCUUUGAUGAAAUUACGAUGACGGACGAUACGGUUAACGAAAAUAUGCAUGACGAUGAUCGCCAAUGUUUGGACUUGGAGGACAGAUUCUUGCAAGACCAAGACGAAUCUCUGGAGGAUCUAGAUGAUUUCACAAAUCAAUGUCGUUUUCUAACUCGUGUCCUAAUUCUUCCAUUUCUGAAGUUCACUCACACCUUCAUGUCUGAAUCUCUUCGAAGAGAAGAAUUCGGCACGAUCCGAUCCAUUAUAUACGUCAUUUAUUGGACGUUUUUGUUCACGCUUGGUGCAUUGGCAAUGGAUUCGUGGCUGUGUGAAGUCUCCGGAAGACAAGUCAUCCGUCUGUUAAUAAGAUUAGGGCAAAUUUCAUUCGAUAACCGAUGUUCUUACGGCGGCGUUGUUUCCAAAGCCAAACCUCACUUUAAUCCGAGCCUAUUGGAAGAAUGUGAAAAAACCAUGAGGAGACGUAGUGAACAUAACCCUUCCAACUUGUUUUACGGUCAAGUCGACUCCGAAGGUCAAAAAAUAAUUAAUAGCGAGAAUCGUCGAAUCGACGCUUUAAUCGAAAAUUUCAAUUCUCCAGCAGAUACCUUCAAAUGGAUACCAUUUCAACUAUUUAGAGACAUGGAAUUCUUGGCCCAAGGAGGGUUCGCAAAAAUCGUUUUAGCCUCGUAUAGUGAUCCUAAUGAAAAAUUCACGAGAGAAAGAGUCAUACCCGAGAAAAUCGUAUUGAAACUUGUGAAAAAUUCCUGCGAAAUUAGUAAGCGAUUGAUCGAUGAGAUAAGAGUGCAUCAUGAGUGCAUGCUGCAUUCUUCUAACAUUAUACCAUUCUAUGGUUUAACUCAAGACCCCAAAACCCUGGAUUACGCACUGGUGAUCAAGCAUGCAACACACGGCGACCUACGUGGCUUUCUUGGUAAUCACUUAAUCACUCAAACCUGGAAGGAAAAAUUAAAUAUUUUACUUGGCCUUGCACGAGCACUACGAUCAAUACACCAGCUUAACUUGGUUCACAGAGAUUUUCAUUGUAAAAAUAUCCUUGUGGAUGGCGACACCUAUUCCGUGUUCGUCUGCGACUUUGGAUUGUGCACCACUGUCGAGAAUUUGAUUGAUGGUUCAAAUGUGAUUGAAGGGGUAUUACCGUACAUGGCACCCGAAGUGCUUCGUGGAAAUAAAUAUACCUUUAAAUCCGAUAUCUACAGUUUCAGUAUGAUAAUGUGGGAGGUCGUGUCAUCCAAACCACCUUAUUAUGAAUACGACGAACAUAAUAUUAAUCUGGCACUAGAUAUCAUCAAAGGCGCGAGACCUAAAAUUUCUGUUGAUGUGCCCAAGGAAAUUCAAAAUCUCAUUGAAGCGUGUUGGAAUGGACAACCUCUAUAUCGACCGGACUCUGCGCAGUUGGUGAGUACCCUUGAAGUUCUGACAAGCAUUUGCGAAAACUGGGAUGCAACAAAAAUGACCGGAGCGAAUGUCGUGAUGUCAUUGGUGACGCGAGACCUGGCGAAUGUGAUCACCGAAAUUCCUAAGGAAGAAAAAUCCAGUUAUGUGACGAAACAGUUUGACCUUAGUGUCGAUGACAUUUGCGAAGAAGAAAAUGACGAAUGUCGCGUAGAAGAAAGUUAUGAAGAAUGUUACAAUGAGGAAAAAAGUAAAAAAUCCGAUGAGUUUUCACAAGAAAUGGCGGACGUGGAUGAGUCCGAUACGGAGUCUUUGAGUACAAAAGAUAAUGAAUCCAAAAGAUAUUCAUCCAUUAGUCCUAGUUCACCUAUUAUUCCUGCGUCAUCCGCUAUUUCUCCAUCACCCGUUAUGCCAGUAUUGCCAUCAUCCGUUAUUCCUUUGACGCCCGUUAUUCUUGUACCACCGCCUCCUUCCGUUAUUUAUUCCGAAUCGUCCGUUAUUCCUUCGACACCCAUUAUUCCUAUGCUACCACCUCAUAUCAAAGUACCCGUCGAAUCACCUCCACUACCAUCGCCGUCGUCAUCCCAAUCAUUACCUGGUCCAGUAAAUAAGUCUAAAAAAAGAUAUCGAAAAAAAUUAGAUUUUGAUGUGGAUCAACUUGAUGAUGCUUCCGAAGUGGAGAAGAGACCAUCCGGAGAUG